AUGUCUCAACCAACAAAAAAUGGCUCUCAACGACGACCCGAAGUACGAAAAGUUGACUUCUUAUUACGGCCGAAAUUUACAAACAACUUGCCGGAUAUACCAUUUGAAGGAAAAUUCAUGAACUGCCCAUUUGUCCCAUUGUCGAGAUUUUGUGAAUAUAAAGAGUCCACGGUUGAGAAGGAGUACAAACACAGUGUCAUUUGUGACGAUGACGUGGGAUUGAACAUUGAUCUAAUUGAUUUAGGAAAAUACGAUCAAGAUGAAAAGGAAAUGCCAUUCGAUGAAAAAGAUCAAUAUCUCCUAGACGAUGAAAGUAAUAGCAAAAUUAAUAUGAAAAGGUCUGCACAACAUUCACGACUGGUCCCCUGGAUGAGAAAGACUGAGUACAUUUCCACAGAGUAUAAUCGCCAAGGCGUUUCAUCGGACAGACAAGAAACAAAGCUUGGUUAUAAUUUGAAGAAGAAUCAGCAAGUUGAUGACAUGUACCGAGAUCGACAAAGUCAAAUUGAUGCCAUCAAUAAAACCUUUGAGGACGCGAGGAAGCCUGUCACUGCACAUUAUAGUAAAAAGGGAGUGCACGCCGUCGAGGAGUCAUUCAUAUUUCCCGAUUUCGAGAACUGGAAGAAUGCUUAUGCUUAUGUUCAGUUUGACGGUGAAACGGUUAAUCGGGAUAUUCCAGAAGGUCUAAGGAAGACCGCUGCCGAACUAAGCUUAAUCCGGGGAAUGAAGUUUGAAGAUGAGCAGUUUGCUGCUCUGUUCACACCAACUGUUGAAAAUAUGCAAAAGCAGAUGGAAGAUUUAGAAGCGGGUAGAAAUUUCGAAGAAGAUGAACGAUAUGAUUACACCCUCAAUCGUGAAUAUAUUUGGAAACUUGAAUCAUCCAUAUUACAAGGAGAUCAUGAUAACUAUGUGUUCCACUGGAAAAAUGGAGAAGCAAAGUACGAUGAAGUUGAAAGCAUGGUGAAGAUGACAAGGCGGAGGAAAAUGUAUCUGAGCAAGAAGUCUAAGCUUUUUGUGCAUUUCCGCGAUUAUGAUGAGCAGGAGCUGGAGCAAAUGCAAACUAAGUUUGAGAAUUUGUUCAAGCCGCCGAAGAAACAACAAGUGAUUCAGGAAGAGCCUGAGGAAGAUGAGGAAGAAGAUGAUAGCGAGGAGGAUGAAGAAAAGAAGGACAAGAGUUCGGGAUCAGAAAGCGAUGAUGACGAUGAUGAGGAGGAGGAGGAUAGUGAUGCGAAGAACAAGAAAAAACCAGCUGCGGAGAGCAGUGAAAGUGGCAGUGGUAGCGAUGAGUCGGACUCUGACGCGGAGCAAAAGGUUAGACCAUAG